GUGAGCCCAGUCCGGGCCUCCUCGCCUCCCCGAGCGCUCCCCGCUGCGUCCCGCUCCCAGCAAUCGCCGCCACCUCGGUCUGGCCAGGUCCGGCACUGCCCACUCGAGGGAGCCUACGUCCGGCGCCCGCCCGACCCUCCGCGGGCCCCACAAGCUGGGCACCUGUUCCAGGAGCUACAACUGAAUCAACUGAGAAGGAAACUGUGCAGCAAACACCAUGAGUAUCUCAGCUCUGGGAAGCAGCACCAAGGGGAAGCCCCUGCCUCCAGGUGAGGAGGAGCGCAAUAAUGUCCUCAAGCAGAUGAAAGUUCGAACCAUCCUGAAAGGGGACAAGAGCUGGAUCACCAAGCAGGAUGAAUCCGAGGGCCGCACCAUAGAGCUGCCUACGUGUCGGAAUCGGGCCACAUCCUUUUCAUCACCUGGAGAGGUCUCCAAGGCCAGCAGGCCUCCAAACACAAGGGCUUCUUCUGGUUAUAUCAUCCGGGGAGUGUUCACCAAGCCCAUAGAUAGCUCGUCUCAGCCCCAGCAGAACUUUCCUAAGGCUAAUGGAGCUCCAAAAAGUGCUACCGGACUGAUGGGAGCGGGUAAUCCCCGCCCCUCCUCCUCUGGCUACAAGAUGACCACUGAGGAUUACAAGAAGCUGGCACCCUAUAACAUCAGGCGCAGCUCCACAUCAGGAGCUGAAGAGGAAGAGGUGCCGUUCUCUUCAGAUGAGCAAAAACGGAGGUCAGAGGCUGCAAGCAGUGUAGUGAGGAAGACAGCCUCCCGGGAGCACUCCUAUGUCCUGUCGGCGGCCAAGAAGACCACUGGAAGUCCUACCCAGGAGAUCCAGGCCCCAUUUAUUGCAAAGAGGGUUGAAGUGGUAGAUGAGGACGGCACUUCUGAGGGGAGCCGGCAGCCACCUACUCUGGCAAGACCCACUUCUGGCUUGAGCAGCUUGAGAGGUGAGGAGAUUGUCCGCCUGCAAAUCACAACACCCAGGGCAGGACUCCGCGUGGUGGCCCCGGAACUGGAAAGCAUGAGGUCUUCCCCAGGCCACAAAGACAAGGAGGCACCUUGCUCUGUAGGGCUCAAGAGAAACUCUGCUGGCGAGGAAACCUUCAAGAGCCCCAACACGGACUCUAAAAGAUCAGCUGCGCAAUUCAGUGAUGGCACCGAGGAAUCUGGAGCCACAGGGUCUACACCAGAAGUCUCCACUGGAGAAGACAAUGGCUCUGACACAAAAGGCUCCAGUUCCACUUCAGCCUCUGUUGCCCCGGCUGAUAGCAAGGAUGGCAGUGUAGCAGACCUGGAGGCUACCAAGGCAAACUCCAAGGGGAUCUCUACCGGUUAUGAGGUGAAGAGUGUGGGCCCCAAGAUCAGUGAGGCCUCGCCAGAGAGAUCUGGAGCCCCAGGAGCUGUCAGGGAAGACACAGCCGUACCCGCUGAGCAACCAGAAGAUCCCAGUGCCUUGGAGCCGCAGAGCAGCCUCAGCAGUUCGGAGCAGUGCGUCGAAGUGCAGAGCUGCAGCAGCAGGAUCUCCGCCGGUUAUGAGGUGAAGAGUGUGGGCCCCAAGAUCAGUGAGGCCUCGCCAGAGAGAUCUGGAGCCCCAGGAGCUGUCAGGGAAGGCGCAGCCGCACUCGCUGAGCAACCGGAAGAUCCCAGCGCCUUGGAGCCGCAGAGCAGCCUCAGCAGUCCGGAGCAGUGCGUCGAAGUGCAGAGCUGCAGCAGCAGGGUGAAAAGUCCAUCAAGCUGCAUGGUCACGGUGACUGUCACGGCCACUUCCGAGCAACCUCACAUUUAUAUUCCGGGCUCCUCAAGUGAAUUGGAAUCCAGCCCAACAACCAAAGGCAUUGUGUUUGUGAAGGAGUACAUGAACGCUAGUGAGGUGUCUUCUGGGAAGCCAGCAUCUCCACGGUAUGGCAGUGUCAGCAGUGCCGAGGACUCGCUUGAUAUGGAGAAGAAGCUCCCAUACAACAGCACUCCAUACUCUGAGAGAACAACUGGAGGGAUCUGCACUUACUGCAGCCGGGAGAUCCGAGACUGUCCAAAGAUUACCCUAGAACAUCUUGGCAUCUGCUGCCAUGAAUAUUGUUUUAAGUGUGGCAUCUGCAAUAAACCAAUGGGUGACCUCCUGGAUCAGAUCUUCAUUCACCGAGACACCAUCCACUGUGGGAAAUGCUAUGGAAAGCUCUUCUAGCUCCCCACUGGCUGAGCAGAAGCUGAUGAAACCCAGACAAGUUUGGCUAUCCCAUUGCCUAAAGUUACUGGCUCCUCUCUUUCUCUCUCUCACUGAUCUCUUCAUACUUCUACCCAUCUUAGAUUGAACUUACUAACAGCCAGUACUGUAUCUUAAUGAUGCUACACCAAUUACUUCUGUGUGUAGUUUUUAUAGCUUAAGAAAUCUCUUUACAGCUAUGAUUUCAUUUCAGGCUUGAACUCCUUGAUCAAAGGAUCAAAUAAGAACUGCAUUUUGGCUUCUCUAAGACACACUGGCGUUUUAACAAAUGCAGCCAAUCUGGAUGUUAGGCCUGGGCAGAAGUGUGGGGCUCAAGGUGCUGAUUCUCUUGAGGCUUCUGAGGGACCACAUUGGAAAGUAUUGACGAUCCCUGGUGGGUAAAUUGCAGGCAUUGAAUGCUAGGCAUUAAAUAGGCUAAUUGCUUGUCUAUUUGCCAUAUGCAUUUAAAAAAAUUUUCCAUCCACAUUUUAAAGUAGUUAGUUGUUUUACAUGGAGUUAUGUAGCAGAUUUUAAUUACUUCCUCCUAUCUUCCUUUCACCAUAUUUGUUUUUCUGUGAAGGUUUGUGGGUAUGUUUUGAGAAGUUUACCCAGUUAGACCUAAAUUUAAUAGGGUAUGCUUUUAGGAAGCUAACAACCAAAGGGCUAUCUGUAUCUGUUUGAAUGUUGAUAGCUGAUUAAUAUCUUUGCCUUCGAUUCCUACUCGCUGAGAUUGACACAGAAGUCCUCUUAACUAGCUUUUAGGGUACAUAGACCCCAGCAAGGUUAAGACGAGAGAAAAAGCAGAUCACAUUUCCUAAGGCCUCUCCACAUACCAGCUGUUAUCAAAAAGUGAAGGCAUUAAUCUCUGUGACCAUCCUGAGGAGGGGGUGGGCAUUUUUGUCCUCACGUUACACAAAGUAGUAAAGCUCAAGGUGCUGGCCUGGCCUUCUGCAGAAGCCUGUGCAGAAACACUGCAGCCUCUCCCCACAGCCCAUGCUUUCUCCAGGAGCCAAUUGAUUUGGUGUUCAGUAUAUGCCAAGCGCUGUUUGGAGGGCACCUAAUUCCCACCAUGCAACACCACCCUAUGAGUUUCUCAUGGAGUAUACUCUUACAGAGGGGAACAUUGUCAGACCAACUUUUCCUCUAAGCAUCAAAGGGACUCCCUAAAAUGCUCCAAGAGUCAGAUUGCCCUUUCUCCCUCUCCUCCCUUUUCCAUGAAAAUUCCUCCAAACCAAAGCUUUCAAGUGGGAUCAGAUUGAGUUCCCAGAUCUUCCCAAAUAGGUGCUUGUUUAACCAGAGAAAAACCCAAUAGGCCUGCUUCCCUGAGCACAGAGCCUUCAGUGACCUGAUUGCCAGUCCAACUUCUGUCUCAAGGUAGCCGCAACUACUGAGGCCCUGAGUUCAGAGAACACAGGAAUCUGUUGGCUGGCAGCACACAGGCAGGCCCAUCUGCACAGUGUGCUGACUGCAUGAACUUGACUGUACUCUGCUGCCUUUAGCCCCAACAGUAAUUUGUAAGUUCUUUGAGUGAAAGAACAAACUUUAAGUUUUUCAACUGAGCGGAGCACCAGUGGCUCACACCCAUAAUCCUAGCUAAUUGGGAGGCUAAGAUAGGAGGAUCAUGGUUUAAA